AGGUGGUGCUUGUGUCAUCGGGCGGAAACAAUGGUCAACCAGGCGACCUCGUUGUCGACGUGAGCUCGAUAAAGGACGAAAACCCAGGCCACCGAGGCCUCCACUCCCCCCAGCACAGCUCUCGCUCCAUAAACGGUACUCCUACGUCCACCCACAGUGGAGGUCUGCUAGCUGACGGCUCCGGUACCACCCCAAUAGAAAUAGCAACCGCGAAUGGCCUCAAAUCAGCGAUGUACACCACUCAGAUCUUUAGCGGGAGUGGUAGUGGAGGCAGCGGUACCCCCCUCGCCCACACCGUAUGCAGAUCACGUACAGUAUAGUACCCAAGGAUCCCUGGUCACCGGAACAUCCGGUAUCUACUCGACCGGGGGCGUCGGUAAUGGCCGUACCAUCAACGCGGCCACGACCGCGUUCUCCGUUCAAUCCGAGCCGUACUACCGGGAAUACUUCACCACGGUCGCUGCAGGCGCUGGUACGCCUGAGCCCGUGUACUCGGUGAGCGGCCAGCUGAGGCAAGGGCCCAUCGGAUACGCCGACGAGACAGGAACUAGCUCAGGGAAUACCGGCUUGGUAGAACGGUACGUCCGGCAGGCGUACCAUGGCAAAGGAGCGAUCGCUGCGGCUGCCGCAGGGGGUUUGACGGUCGAUCUGCCCAGUCCGGAUAGCGGAAUUGGGGCGGAUGCUGUCACACCACGAGACCAGAACACACUACAUCAGUCUUUCGAUUAUACAGCUGAACUGUGCCAAUCGAAUCAAACACUUCUUGAUCCUCUGUCCCUAUCUCAUCGAGCUAACAGCAAUUCUCAAUCACCUGGAGCUCAACCAACUAGUAGAAGUCGACCGUGGCACGAUUUUGGACGGCAAAACGAUGCUGACAAAAUACAAAUUCCAAAAAUAUUCUCACCCGUCGGAUUCAAAUAUCACCUAGAAACCCCAAUAUCAACAUCACAAAGGAGAGAAGAUGAUAGAAUAACGUACAUCAACAAAGGCCAAUUCUAUGGCAUCACGUUGGAGUAUAUCCAUGACCCUGACAAGCAGCUCAAGUCCCAAACCGUUAAGAGUAUCGUCAUGUUAAUGUUUAGAGAAGAAAAGAAUCCAGAAGAUGAAAUAAAAGCGUGGCAAUUCUGGCAUGGUCGACAACACUCUGUGAAACAGCGGAUAUUGGAUGCAGAUACAAAGAAUAGCGUAGGUUUAGUAGGUUGUAUAGAAGAAGUUGCUCACAAUGCCAUAGCGAUAUACUGGAAUCCUAUGGAUAGUCCUGCCAAAAUUAAUAUAGCAGUUCAGUGCUUGAGCACUGACUUUAGCAGCCAAAAAGGUGUGAAAGGUCUCCCUUUACAUUUACAAAUAGAUACGUACGAAGACCCCAGGGAUACGACUGUGUAUCACAGGGGCUAUUGCCAAAUAAAAGUGUUCUGUGAUAAGGGCGCUGAACGAAAAACGCGGGAUGAAGAAAGACGCGCGGCCAAACGGAAAAUGACUGCCACUGGACGCAAGAAAUUGGACGAAUUGUACCACCCCAUGUGCGAACGGUCAGAGUUCUACUCAAUGUCGGAUUUAUCGAAACCGCCGGUUCUGUUCUCCCCAGCGGAGGAUAUCGAUAAGUUAACUUCGAUGGAACUGCAAGGUUUCUACUCUCACGAAGACGGAUCUCUCGGUGGGCCAGUAGAGCAUGUGAAGACUGGUUCGCCCUUCCUUCUCCAUACCGCUUCAAAACCACCAACGACACCGACGCUCAAAUUCCACAACCAUUUUCCGCCUGAUGCAGACAAGAAGGAUGGAAGCCUGUUGGAAGGAAGUUUGUCCUCUGACGGCAGCGUUUUUUCGCCACCUAUGAAACGUCCCAAGUUGACAGGUGGCGGUCCUGGGAGCGUCGGCCCACCUCCGUUGAACGAAAGGGUGAUGCUUUACGUCCGCCAAGAGAACGAUGACGUAUACACCCCUCUGCACGUGGUACCACCAACAACGAUGGGCCUUCUUAACGCAAUUGAGAAUAAGUACAAAAUUAGCACUUCAAGCAUUAAUAACUUAUAUCGCAAAAACAAAAAAGGGAUUAUAGCCAAGAUUGAUGAUGACAUGGUGGCUUACUAUUGCAAUGAAGAUCUGUUCCUGUUGGAGCUGAAACAGGUGGACGAGGAUUUGCUUGAUAUUACAUUUGUGGAGCUUACAGACCACUAAAAUUUUGCCAUUGAUAUUUGAUAUACAUAUACGUACGUACUUUAUCAUAUAUCUUUUUGUUGUGAUUUGUUUUUUACUCUGUAAUUUUUAAGAGACAAUGUUGAUUAGAACUUUUAUUAUUUGUUUAUAGUAUCUAGAAUGUUGAUUUUACAUGAAUUUUUCAAUCAUUUAUAAUCAAAUUAAGUUAUUGUUAGAUGUUUGUUUUUUAUUUUUACAUAUUUAGCUCAUGAUCAUAUCUGUAUAUUAGAAAUAUCAAUAUGGUCAUUAACAUCCAAUGUAUUUUUGAGUUAUUCGGAAAAUUUAUAAGUUUUAAUGGAAAUUAACGUUUUCCAAAACUCUAAAUGUCAGCCAUAAUAAAUUUGAUCUCAAACGUUCUGAACGCUCGUUCAUACACUUUUACACACAAUUUGGAGAUCGAAGGACCUCGCACAAAAGAUAUGAAAAAUGCGUUCCAUUCCAAAAAAUCAACGUGAUCUUGAAUUGACCUUGCAAAGGUCAUAAUCAAACAACCACGUGUUUUCAGUGUGAACGCAUAAAUAUAAGCUUGCAUCUAAAUUGAUCUUGAUCAGCAUGACACCCCCAACAACACCCUUUCCUAAAACGUUCAAAUCAAGUUCGUUUUGCAAUAUAAAAACUAUUUGGUCACCAUUUUUUGCAAAUCCAUAUGUCUAACCAUAGGAUUACUUUGGUCCCAUGAGAACUUUUACUCACUAAAACGAAAAAUGUACCAUACUCAAUUUUUAGACAAAAUGACCUGGAUCCAUCUUCCAUAUGCUUUGUUGUUGGGUCCUUUUUAGUUUUCAUUUUCUUCUCAGCUUUUUGUUACUAUUGAUUAACGUAUUCUACCUGAAGAUAGCCGAACAUACACUGCAUUUCGGCGUCCAAAAAAUUAUCAGAAAUGAAAUGAAGAAUUUGUCUGUUUCCCCUCUCAUCAAUAAUUAUAAUUUACUUUGGUGCUCUAUACGAAUAUAUACAGCGCCGUCUAUGAGACGCGAAGCUUUUCAAUGUGGAUGUAUAAUUAUUUCUGGGAGUAGAAACAUCUCGUAUCAUUUAAUUUUUUGAACGCCUAUCUUCAGUUAGAAUACGUUAAUCAAUGUAUGCUGUAUUUUAUUUCUAUUGUAUUUAUUGUAACUAAAUACAUAUAGUAGAAAUCACGAAAAAUGACGAGUACGUCAUCAUUUUAGUCUGUAGCGAUCACAAACGACAGCGAUUUGUGAAUAUAUUUAAUGAAGUUUCUGAUAUGUUAGACAGAGACAAACAGAAUUUUAUUGUCUAAACAAACUGAUGAUGAUUUCAUGUUGCAUGAUCGAUCAUAUUUGAAAGAUGAAUAUGUUGAAGCAGGUUAUGUUGUUUUCGAAUAAUACUUUGGUCUUUGGUGUUCCUGUCUUAAGGUAUCAUAUCAUAACCAUGCAAUAAAAUGAAAAUAAAUAUAAUCAGUGAAAUAACCUCACUUCGCAAAGUCAUAAUAUAAAUUUGUUGUCAUUAUGUUCCUGUCUCUGAUUACUUCAGUACGAUUUAUGGUAUGACGUAAUAGUCAUCUUUCGUGAUUUUGACUAUAUAGAAACAGUCCAUUAUGUUUCCGAAUAAUUUAAAGAACUCUAUCUUUAGUCUAUUUGGUGGCGAUUCUUCAGAAAAUUAUAAACGUCAAAUUAGGAAUUUAGCAUUAAGCAUUAUAAUAGUUACGAGGUUAAGUGAACAUAACUUGGUCGCCAUUGAUCUCAAAAUUUGAAUGUUUGUAAAUGAUCUGACAUCAUGUACAGAAACUCUACGGGAAUGGGAACUGGUCAGACGCCGACAUACGAAACCGUUAUUUUUAAAUCGCGAUAAGGUGUUCUUCGGAUGAAGAUAGCAGCAUGCAGAAAAUCUAAGCUGUAUAAACUAAUGUUUUUACACAGCAGUAACUUACACGCCACUAUUUGAGGACAUGCAGUGGAUUGUGUCAAGUCACAUGUUGUGAAAGCUGGUACUUUCCUUUUUAGAAACACUAAGUUUGGAAUAGCGAUGUUAAUUUGUGAAACACCUCUGAAAACGUAAAAAAGAAACUGGAAAACAAUAUUUGAUACGCCCUGUCACGUUUUGCGGUUCAAAAACGCAAGAUUGCUCCUUCCUAAAUUUGCAAUAUUUGGGGGACAGGGUCGGAAUGGCUUUUUCAGAGUUUUUCGGAAUUUAAUUAUAUAUUAAGCGGUGAUCUUUUGUUUUUUUACUUCCCCUCUCGAGUUUGGAUUGGGGCGUUUCGACAUCGGCGCGGUUUUUCCGUUUUUUUUUUUGAUGUUUCACGAAAGGUUUUAUCGGAAAACGAUACCGUUUCGGAAACUAGAAACUCGGCGCUUCACGAGCGACUACGAACCGUCGAAGUACGAGAAAGAAACGGGGGGUCAAAGUCGAAAAAAUUAUAGAUUUUCGUGCUGUUCGAUAUUUAAUCUCUAUCUCCUCCAAAGAUAACGGAGCUACGGACCUAACGGUUGUUGCGUGAGAAAGUCCAGAGAUUGGACAUUUGGAUAGCGUCUUUUUUAUUUCAUUAUUCCUUUUCGUUCAAAAGUUUCAAUUUUUUAAAAUUCCUACUUUUCGAUACAUGACAAAGUCUUCAUGUUUCCGGCUUUGACCCUGGCUAUUUUUCGAUACAGAUCUUACGCAAAACGAAAAACCAAAGUCUCCUGAUCAACCCGUCUAUACGUUGUUUUCUGAAGUUCUUGAUACCCUGGGUCUUACUGUCCCUGUGACUCGUGAUACCGCCUCAUGUUGUUAUCUUCCUCCGAAUGAAUACUGUUUUUCACAUAAAAUUAUUUAGUUUUUUAGCUUACCGAAAAGACAUGGACUUUUUUAUUCAAAUUUCGAGCGCGCAUCAAAAUAAACAAGGUCAGGUAAAUUGCACUCUGUAUUUUUCGAACGUUGACAUUACUCAUUUUGUACUAUGUUUCAAAGUUUAGUGCAGUACAAAAUUCAAAAGUUUGUUUACUCAAAACAAUCAGUUUCAAAGUAUUACCUAUUUAUGCAAGAUUUCAAAAUCUUAUCUACCUUUUGGGUUAAAAAAUGCUUGGCUAUUAUAUUUUACUAUUUCCAACGUGAUGCGGUUUUAGAACAACAAAAACUUAUUAGUUUUAUGCGACGUCGUUCCAUUGUAAAUAGCUUUAGUCUUUGUAAAUAGUAACCAGCCAUGACUUAGAUAUAUACAUCCUAAGUGUUGUGAUAAGAUACCACUGAAUGCCUUUUCACAAAGCAAAUAGAGCAAAAGGUGUUUCUAGUACAUUAUAGACUCAUGCUAUAGAUAUACAAACUUAUCUAUAGUCCCAGCGGUUCUAUCUAUGCUCACCUGGGCAUUCGAGCAGUAACCUGUAGUACCGCAGUACUCUCACCCUGUGUCGUAUUUCGAGUACCAUGCAAAGUUCUCAUUUAGACCAUUGAUUAAUGUAGUCUACCUGAAGGUUUACAAAAAAAUGUCUGAAAUCUGAGCCACCUAUGAGAAUUCGUCACGGCAAUAAUUAGAAAUUUAAUGUCUCAUAGAUGGCGCUGUAGCCGACUGUACAGUACAUUUGAUCUCAACUGAAUAUGCCAAAAACGACUCAUCCAAGAAAAACAAACUAGUUCGACACCCGUUUUGUAAAAAAACAAGUUUCAAACAAAAGUAGUAGGGCUUAAAGUGGGCAGAACGAUAGUGACCUUGACCAUGGGAUCAACCAAGAUCUUUAAGGGCAUUCCAAGGUCAAGCAAAUAUUUGCUCCCCUUUUAAGCUCAUUUAAAACAAUUUGCUCCAGCAAAAAUGUUUGACAGCACAGUUGAGAGGUUUGUGGGGGUCGCUCAAGGGUGACCUUGACCAUGACCUUCAAGACCAAGUCAACAUUUCCAAAGGAAACGUAUUUUUAUCUUGGAGUUAGAAAAAGCGUGAAGAUGCUCCGUCGAAAUGUAACCUUCACCUCAAUGUCAAGGUCAUGUCAAUCUUCAAUGUUAUUUGUAGAACAACCUCUAUAUAAAAUUUUCAAAGAGGAAGAAAUUGUAUAUUUGAACAUUUUUAUUAAAGCAAACUGUUUUUAAAGUCUUGAUGUGACCUUGGCCUUGGCCAUAAUGAUGGUCAUAGUCCAGGUCCUAUCGCUUGACCUCCAAGGUUGGAAUCAAGGUCAUUGUCACGGUCAGCAGCAUUUUGCCCUCUCGAAAUCCUACAAAUUUUUCCUGAGAUGCGGAGUUCCGGAAAUAUUUAGCUGGGGUGGUUAAAUUCUGACACCCUGAAUAUUCAUGGAGUUGGCUACAGCGCCAUUUAUGAGACACUAAUCUUUUCAAGAAUUAUAUAGCUAUGACAAAUGAUCAUAUAACACGCCGGGAUAUCUCAGAUAAUUUUUUUGGUUAUCUCCAGGUAGAAAAUGAAUCAAAGUUUGUAAGUGCGGGCCUAAAGGUUACGGCACUGUUCGAAGGCCCAAGUGAUAUAUAAGGAGGCCAUCGAUAUACAGGGUGUUCCAUUAGUCGUUUCCGUUACAUUUUACGAUGUAUACUGCAGUUUAGAAAGACUAAGGGGGUAUUUCAAGUGCCACACUAAUUUUGCCAAUUCCUUUUUACUUUUGGGACAUUCUGUAUUUCUACCAAAAUGCUCAAACAUUCCUUAAUCUUUAUGUUUAUUUUUAGGCUAAAUCAUUUUAUACAGAUGGAUAUAUUGACAUUACUCUUACACUUGCCCAAAGAAGUUAUUUCUGUAAAACCAUCAGUUUGGAGCCCCAUCAAUAUCAAUAAUUUAUAGCUCGUAUCAGCAUUUAAAAACAGUGAUACCGUGCCAUCAUUUCGGCUGACGACGGGAAGUAUUACAGUUAAAGUUGGGCACACUGUUCACAACAAAACUUGAUCACGUAACAAUGUCAUAUUCUUCGUUAAUGCGUAUCAUCUACUUAUUUAGUUGCACUAUUGUCGGCUCUGUUAGUAUAGUUUUUAGAUUGUACACGAAAAGUUAGAAUUCUGGCCCCCGGUGUCUGCAAAGUUGGAGUUCUCCUUUCCAGACACAACUACGCUUGAUAUAACAAAGCUGAUGUGUGGUGAAACGUGAGCGAACAAAUAAAAAAAUUAAAUGAAGAAGCAGUCACUGUUCAGUUGAAUUGAAAUUCCAAGUACGACUCUGUCGUAAAAUCCGUAAUUACAUCGUAGUCGUACGUCGUAUAAGGACGUGAUCGAGGGAUAGGACAGGACCGGCUUCGGUUUGAUUGGGUUUGCGGAGCCCAAUAUCUCGGUUUUCUUAAGAGAUUGGAUAAUAUGCUACUAAGAAAAUCCGCUUCUUUUCUCAAGGACUACACGUCGUGUAAAGGAAAACCCCAACUUUGCGGACACCCUGUAUAGCCCGAGACUAAUCUCAGAAUCAUUAUAACGUGAAAUUAUUAAUUAUUAAUAUGUACUUCGGACGAGAUGUAAAUUUAACAGAGUUAGGGUCUCAAGUUAUACAGUGCUGGCCAAUGUCUGACAGUCUGGCGACAAUUGAAAAAUAGAAACCUGCCACCGAUCAAAAGCAAUCUAAUUGAAGCUUUCUGCAAAAUUUGCCCGAUCAUCAGUCAAUCAGAACUGUUUUGCGUGAAAUAUUUUCAGGUAAUCUAACUUACCUGAUGUUGAUUUUUUUCAUAUUACUCUCAUGGAGGAGUGACUUCUUAGGAACAGUUAUCAAAUAGCUGUAAGUUUGACAUCAAAUGCCAUUCGCCUGUAGCUACCGAAAUUCUGUUUUUUUUCAAGAUGCAAAGUGGAAGUUCAAAGAAUAUUUCUGUAGAUGAGACUCGAUCGUACCUGAACAAUGCUUUAUAAAUUGAAUGGCAAUCUUUUUUUUAUACAUGGUUAAGACGAAUAUACUUCUAGGGUGAGCUUUUGGACAUCAAUGGUUUUUCUUAGACUUAGAACGUUCUACAGUGUACUGAUUUAUACAAAAAUUGUCUCAUAUUUAUUACGUCGUGCCGUAUCAUCCGAAUUUAGUAUGUAUGUUGAAUAAAUAGUGCCAAUAUAGGAAAAGCAAAUGUUACAUUACUCAAGUUUCAGUGAAUUUGUUUUUUCACCGGAGUAGCUCUCUGUACUAUCAGAUGACUUUAAAGAGUACUUAUACUACGACCAUAUUUUUUUAUUAUUAUUGUAAUGACAAUGAUUAUAAUCGCAAUAUUACGUAAGUCUUUUUUAUAAAUGUACGACUUUGAUUUUAUGAAUAAAAAU